GUAAUAAUUGCAUUAUUGCGUUUUUUAGACAUUUAGAAAUUAGAAUUGUUAAUAGUUAAGAAAUUUAGAAAUUAUAAUGGCUAAAGACAAAAUAAUCGAGAAAAUAAUUAAAAUUAAAGAAAUAACGAAAAAGAGACGUCAUUGCUUGUUUAUACAGGCGAUACGAGACGUAUUUUGCAGCAAAACAUAUGAACACAGAGUGGUCAAGACUGCUUUUCACUUUCCCAUCGGAGUUUUAUUCGCUUUGGGAUUGCAUUACGGUAUAAUCCAAUACUUAGAGUUGGAAGAAUUUGUCAUGCAAGUUUUGUCGCUCACUUUAGGCUUCUGUUUAACACUGGGUUACGCCCUGUCGGUACAAAUUCGAUGUAUGUGUUGGUUGGUAUUACCUACUAUUUUUGGAAAAAGUGGUAGAGCUUAUUUGGUCAGUUUAGCUAUCACUCAUGUCAUUGAUGGUCCUUUCGAUAACGUGUUGUACAAUACUAACGAAUCUGUUCGAGUUAUGGGGUGCAUCACUUCUCUUGCUUUUAACCAUUCGAUUGAGAGAUCUCGCUUGAUGUUUCGUCCUAUCAAACAAAUGGCAAACGAAUUCAAUAAUGGGGGCAAUGUUUUACAAAAAGAAGUGCAAAGAGUCGUCGAUAGUUACUUCCCCAUACAGAAUGAGGUAGAAGGAAAAGAGGAAGUGACUGAGAAUAUCAGAGAGAUAGAAAACCUUGAUAAGCAAAUAAAUGAAAAUCGUGUUCAAACAAUAGAAGAAAGAUUCAGAAAGCGUAAUCAAAGUGGAAUUGGAAUGAAGAAGGAGUUGAAUUAUAGGAAAAAACUUGAAUAUCGUUGCGAAUAUCUUUUUACUAAGGCUGUUGAAAAUUGUCGAAACACUCUUCGGGAUACGCAUGCUAAAUGCUUAUCAAGAGUAUUUUUAGUUGGCUGGCUUGUUUGUGCUCCCUUACUCAUGCAUAAUGCUUGCGAUUUAAUAGAAGCUAAGAAAGGUGAAGAUGGUUGUCGAUCCGAAAAAAAUAUCAAUAAAAAUUUCGGAGGGGGUUACGAGUCAUUGGCGAUGGUAGACCAAGAAAUGCAUGAAAAUUUCAUAUUUAAUUUGCAAUAUAAGAUGAAUCUCCCGAAAGAGAAAGUGCAUCAAGCCACUCCCGAAGACAUAACUGAAGCUUUGGCCGAGCGCUUUACUACGAAGAAAAAACUGGCUAAUUUAGUGAUCAUUGUUAUCAAGCGCUUCUUGGCUUUUGUGUUUCUCUUUGUCUUUCUCAGAGCGAAGAGUUAUAACGACAAGUACUUGAAAGAUAUUAAACACGAUAACAUCUACAUCACUAAGUAUUUUCGACGCAUCGACCAAAGGAGAAAACGACUGGGUAAAUCUUCUCUUUUGCCUCUGAUAAAGACGGAGAAAAAGUCCUUUGUAGUUUCUUCUAGUCUGGGAUUUUCAAAACACGAGAGAAAACGAUUCAUGACUGGGACGGUGCUCCUGUUCUUUCAGAUGAUAUUUGUUGCAGUUCUCGUCGGUUUCGAUCGCGUUUUUUACGAAUUACUGAUGGUUCUGAGACGUUCUUCCCAGGUCCAAUAUAGACAAAAAGGUAUUCAUCAUAUUCAGUUGGACAUUGAGGGAGAAGGAUUUGUGGCCAAAAUUGUUCGUUCCAUAGUGAAUAGCUUUAAAGUGAAACAUAGUCUAGAUAAGAUUACCACAACUAUGGAUUGCCUCCCCUAUCCUCGGGCUGUAAAUUCCCAACGUAUCACCACAAUAUGGAUUAUUUACGGCAUUGUUUGGAUCCUGAUCUGCACUCAAGCUUACGGAUUGAGACUUAGAAGUUACGUCUGCAGCAUUUUUUAUCCAAAGCGACAGAAAAAAAGGAUCAUCUAUGUGUAUAAUGAACAGUUGAAAAAAAGGAAAAACUAUCUUCGUUGGAUGCGACAUAGACUAAGAAAGAUGAUCAGAGACGAAGGAUUUAUGUUGGACAGAAGCGUUACACAGAUCUUAGUUCAAGACUAUCCAAAAACGUUCGGUUGGCUGAAAUAUCUGAAAAUUGGAUUGAUGAGCUGUAUUAUCUGCCAGGAACGGGAGACUCCCCAACAUUACAUCUGUCCCGACCCGUGUGGAUUGUGCUACUGCAACAAUUGCUGGAAAGACUUUGGAGAGCGUUGCUACAGUUGUAGUCCGACUGACGAUUCACUUUCCGAAUUGAGUUCCGAUGAGGCACAAGCAGAUGAUUAAGAAAUAAAAUUUUCCCAAUUUUAUAUACAGUAUUUGUUUUCUUACUAAAAAGCGUAAUUCGGAUAAAGCGAAAAUUGUUCGUCUUUUUCCGAAUAAAGAAUGAUCGAUGCCACUUUCUCUCGCACGAAAAUUUCCCUUCCCGGAAAGUCGACGUCAUUUUGGAAGACGAUCGUUCGUUGACAUCUGUCGGAUCGAAAUCACUUCGUUCUCGUCCGAAUGCGUGAAUCGCACAAACAUUAACGCAUCGUCGCCCGAUUUAAUGGCAGACACAUUAACCAAACACAUUACAAGAAAUUAACCAAAAAUGUUCCGACAUAAAUCUUAUUUCAAAAAUUCGAAAUUACGAUUAUAAUCUUCGUAUUUCGUUUUUCUUCC